GUCUCGGCGCCGCGGUGCUGGCGGAAGUGUGGCGCGCGCGCGUACAUUUUGUGUCGACUGCGAAGCCGAAGCCGAGCGGAGAUCCGGGAAAGAGACGUGGCGGCCCCGGGUCGCCGAGAGGGAGCGGAGCCCAGCCAGCCAUGGAGACGUGGAAUAUGAACCUACCCCGGGGACCCGAAAACCUGUGCUUCGACAAGGACGAGUUUAUGAAGGUGAGUGAGGAGGCGGAGGCCCCUGGGCAGGAGGGCGCCUGGCUGGGCCGAAGCCGGGGCUGAAGGGAGAGGAGGGGCGACUUGGGAGGUGGGGGGAGAUGCUAGGGGGAGAUGCGUGUCUGUAGGAGACCCUGGCUGGGCUGGAGUGACUCGCAGGCCUCGCCACCCCAGGGAAGCUCUAGUCCUGCCCCCCCCAACUCGGAAAGCCCUUCAAAGUAGCUCAUUUUUCUCCUAGUAGGGUUGUCAGAGAUGAUUUAUAGGUUGUUUUUCUCCAUGUGGGGGAGAUAGGGGUAUAUGCACCUCUUUUUAAUAGAUGAAUAUUUGGACUUCCUAUUGCUGGCCCCGUUCGCACAUUAUUCAAUUCCCACAAGGAAGUCCAUGCUGCCUGUGCAUGGCAUGUAUCUUGUGUAGGUUUUUUACGUUUCGGGUAUGUUGCACGCACACAUUUUUCAGUCUGAACCUGUUUAAAAUCUAGAUGCCUCAGCCAGGACGUUUCCUGUGGAGAACUCACGCCCGUGUUGGAUUUGGGUCCUCUGAUCCUGUGAGGCAUCCCUGUGUUGCGGCCUGCCAGACAGCUCUUCCUAUUUCACCUGUCAUACUGCCCAUCAUACAUGUAGACUGGCUCUUUCAGAAUGUGCUGCUCCAUUGGUUAGAGCAUGGUGCUGAUAAGAUUAUGGGUUCAAUAGCUGCCUAUUCCUGCAUUGCAGGAAUUUGGGUUGAAUGAUCCAAGGUCCCUCCCAACUCUACAAUUCAGUGAUUCUAAUUCUAGACACAUAGCUGUCUCCUUGAAAAACUGCUGUUCCGAAUAUCUAAAAAAAUAAAAUAAAAGGGGAUUCCUGGAUGUAAGCAAUUAUACAACUUGAAAACAUUCUUUGUUGUUGCACUCAUGUCCUACUUUUAGGUUUCCCAUAGGGAUCUUGUUGGGCACAGUGUGAACAGGAUGUUGGACUAGAUGGGCCUUUGGUCUAAUUCAUGAGGGCUCUUCUUAUGGUCUUAUGCUGUCCGACCCAUUAUUAUUAUUAAGCAGGCAGAAGGCCUUUUCGGUAGUGGUGCCCACCCUGUGGAUCGCCCUCCCAUCAGAUGUCAAAGAGAUAAACAAUUACAUGACCUUCCAUAGACAUCUGAAGGCAGCGUUGUAUCAGGAAGCUUUAAAUGUCUGAUGUAUCAUGUGUUCUUUUAUACUCUAUUAUAAGAUGCCCAGAGUGGCUGGGGCAACCCAGUCAGAUGGGUGGUAGAAGUAAUAAAUUACUACUAUUAUUAUUACCAUCAUUAUUAAUAUUAUUUUGAAUAGUACCAAUUAGUUAGGCUUUACAGACAGAAAGCACUUUAACAAACCAAUAAGACUGUGUUUAUACAUCUUAUAUUUUAGUGUUUCAUUUAGAACAAAAACUUUUCCUAGUUAAUGGUCCUCAUUUUUAUCCCUUCACUUCAAGCAUGCUUGGAAGUUAGAUAAAUACAAACUGCUUUUACAAGGAAUUGCAUUUUCUGUUAUGAGCCAUUUCUUAAAUCAUGAUUAUUAUUAUUUACCUAUUUCAUAUAUAGCCGGAUUUUGAUGUCGAUCACUUUGUGUCGGAGUGCAGGAAACGUGUUCAGUUGGAAGAGCUUCGGGAUGAUCUUGAGCUCUACUACAAACUUCUUAAAACUGCCAUGAUAGAGCUCAUAAACAAGGAUUAUGCAGACUUUGUUAAUCUUUCCACCAAUCUAGUAAGUUUCAAAUUGGAUGUUUUAUAUGUACUAAUCUUAGUGUUUAUGUAUACUAAUAAUAUAUAUUUGAAGAUGCUAAUAUUCAACAUACUUCCAAAAGCAGGGUCCUGUGGCUCUACAUACGUUGCUGGAUUGCAUCUCCUGUCAGCCCCAAUCACCAUGCCAAUGGUCAGUGAUGAUGGGAGUUGUAGUCCAGCAACAUUUGAAGGGCCUUACAUUUUAAGGAGGUAUUGGAAGCUUCUAGGCAAGGGUUUGGUAUGUGAAUAGGCUGUUUGAGGUGGGUGUGCAGGAUGUCAUAGGAUACUUCAAUAUACAGAAGGAAGACAACUGGUAAAUAAAAAACACCUUUUAAAAUCUCUUAGCUGUAAUAUGAAAAAGUGUGUGCAAGUGCUGUGAAUUGAUGCAUGCUAGAAAAGAGAGGUUAAAUAGUCCAGAGGUAAAAAAUAUAUAUUAAAAGCUCUUUCUCACAUCAUAUUUGCAUCCCACUUUUCCUUCAAGGAGAAUGAAUGGAUAGAUAAGAUUUUGUUUUUUAUAGCAUUUGAUACUUUUGAAAAUAGAUAGAAUAUGCAAUUCUUUAAAAGUCUUUUAAUGUGCAUUAGGAUGACUUGUUCCAUACCACUAAAUGAGUUUCCUGGCUGAGUGUAGAUUUGAAAUGGGUCCCUUUGGUCCAGAUCCUUGUUCUGUCUUCUUAGUUGGCAUGGGGUGCUGAUAACGGCGCUAAAGAUAAGGUACCUAUUGAACGCUCUGCACAUAUAGAGUAUGUGGACACACAGUCUUCCAUUUUUGUCCAGUUUAUGUUGUUUUGAUUUCAGCAGUCAUUCACAGAUAAUUCUGUUCAGGAUUGGAGCCAGCUUGCCAGAGGUUACAAGUUAGCAAUGUACAAGUGCCAUUUCUGUUGUACCAAUGACAGCCAGCCAUUAGGAAAAUAUAAUAGUCAGGAUUACUUGCUAGUUGGGAUGUCUUCUGAAGUACUGGUUGUAAACAUUUUUUACAUUUGUUUUCAAUAGAAAUGUAAUUUGUUACAAAAUAUACACAUGCACAGUUUCAACUGCUCAUUAAUCGUAAUAUGUAAUAUGUUUGGACAAUUUAUUUAGGUUGGCAUGGACAAAGCCCUUAAUCAGCUUUCAGUGCCUUUAGGACAACUGCGAGAGGAAGUUAUGGUAUGUUCUGAAAUAAGUUCUCAUAUCAUUUGUCUGAUUUUGAAAAUAUUGAGAAACCAAAUAAAUUCUGUAUGGGGCUGACAUAGGGGAUUUCAUGAAGCAGCAAAAUACAUUUUGUCAGAACAUUUAGAAACCAUUUUAGGAGCCCUAACUGUGUGGUAAGAACAGAGACAAGAACACCACAGGUUAUGUUAACCUAUGCAUAAAGUAAAUGGCAUUUCCAUGUACUUCUCUGGUUCACCAGAAGCAGCUUAGUCAUUCUGGCCACAUGACCCGGAAGCUGUCUGUGCUCCCUUGGCCAGUAAAGCGAGAUGAGCGCCACAACCCCAGAGUCGUACGCGACUGGACUUAACGGUCAGGGGUCCCUUUACCUUUACUAUGCAUAAAGUAUAUUUAGCCAAACAAGCAAAUACUUGUUUCUAAAAAAUAAAUUAUUUAUUUCAUUCACCUCUUUUUUCCCUAAAAGUUAAUGUAUUAUGUGUUGGAAAGGAAAGUAGGGCUGUGUUGAUUAAAUAUGCAGAUGGUAUUAAAAUAGGAAAUAAUAUUAAUAACCAGCAACACAUGCAAGAUUAGCUAGGUGAUCUCAUGAACUGAAAUAAUAGAAGUGGGAUGGAAUGUCUCUGAACCAAUUGAUUGAAAAGAUAACUAGAAUAAUUUCUAGAUAUUGAGACAUUUCUUUUUCUACAGGAUGGCAGUUAGAUUAAAUUGAAAGCAAGACCUAAAGUGUUGCUUCUGUUUGGGCUGAAUUUCCUCAUACAGUGGUACCCCGCAAGACGAACGCCUCGCAAGACGGAAAACCCGCUAGACGAAAGGGUUUUCCGUUUUGGAGGCGCUUCGCAAAACGAAUUUCCCUAUGGGCUUGCUUCGCAAGACGACAGCCCAUAGGGAAAUCUCAGGGACAGCGGGGAAGCGCAGCGCGCCUUCCCCACUGUCCUCGGACCUCCUCCGAAGCCUGGCGGCGGGGCGGGGACACCUCCUCCCGCCGCCGCCGGGCUCGGAAGGCUCCUCCGAGCCGGGCGGGGGGAGGGAACACCUGCCGCCGCCGCCCGGCUCGGAACGGUGCUCCGGCCGGGCGGGGGAGGGAACACCUGCCGCCGCCGCCCGGCUCGGAACGGUGCUCCGGGCCGGGCGGGGGAGGGAAGACCUCCCGCCGCCGCCCGGCUCGGAACGGUGCUCCGAGCCGGGCGGUGGGGAGGAAGACCUCCCCGCCGCCCGGCUUCGGAACGGUGCUCCGGGCCGGGCGGGGAGGGAACACCUCCGCCGCCGCCCGGCUCGGAACGGUGCUCCGGCCGGGCGGGGGAGGGAACACCUCCCGCCGCCGCCCGGCUCGGAACGGUGCUCCGGCCGGGCGGGGGAGGGAAGACCUCCGCCGCCGCCCGGCUUCGGAACGGUGCUCCGAGCCGGGCGGGGGGAGGGAAGACCUUCUGAAGGCGGGCGGGGGCGAAAGUCUUUGCUCCCCCUGCCUGCCUGUCCCGGAGGGCUUUUGAAGGCGGGGAGCAAAGACUUUCGCCCCGCCCGCCUUCAGAAGAGGUCCAGGACCUCUUCUGAAGGCUGGCGGGGGCAAAGUCUUUGUCCCCCUGCCUGCCUUCCCAGGGGCUUUAAGUUGCCCCGGACAGCGGAGAAGUCCUCCGCUGUCCCGGGUGAUUUUAAAUGCCGCCCGCCAGCAUUUUAAGAUCGCCCGGACAGUGGAGAAGUCCUCCGCUGUCCCGGGGUUUUUUAAAAUGCUGGGGGUGGGAAGAAAAGCCCUUGCCCCCCCCAGCCUUCAGAAGAGGUCCGGUGACAGACUGUCCCCGGACCUGGUCUGAAGGCGGUUUCCUAGGAACGCAUUAAUUGAUUUUCAAUGCAUUCCUAUGGGAAACCGUGCAUCGCAAGACGAAAAACUCGCAAGACGAAGAGACUUGCGGAACGAAUUAAUUUCGUCUUGCGAGGCACCACUGUAUUUAAUUUCCCUGAGCUCUUUUACCACCACUCCUCACUCUCCAUAACUGUUUCAUUACUAAUCUACCUAAUGAACCAGGAGCUACACUCCUUUUGUCUUGUCACUGCCUGGAAACUCAUGAUUGUAAGUGGCUCUACUGAAAUCUAAUAAGGCUCUGAAAAUGAAAUUUGUAAAGGGUUAUGUUCUUCAGAAAUGAUCCUCCCACACAGAAAGCAGUAGGGGAGCUGCCAUCCAGAACUUGUAAGGUACACUUUACCUUAGAUCAGGGAAGGAUGUUUCCUUCUUAUUCUGACAUGGGAAUGAUGAAAGCCCCAGGUACAUGGGAGACUACGUCACUAUUGACUAAGCUUCCAAGAUGAACAGCAUUGCGUUGCCUGUUACCUCAGACGUCCUAUUUUACUGAAGUAGCACUGGAAAAAUACAGUGUUGGCUCCCAUGCUGCUAAGAUAAUAUUGGAAAGGGACCUUAGGAAUUCUCAGAAACAAACAGAAGUUAUAUCAACAGUGGGAUGGUGCCAGUUGGAUUGCAAUGUGUCCCUGAUCAUGCUCAAUUGGAAAUUGCCUAUGGCCAACAAGCCCUGCAAUCAUGUCCAUCUUACUUUUCAAAUGUAGCUCAGCAAAGAAAAGUCUUGUUGCAAAAGAUAGACGGGUUUGCAAUCACUAUAGCACAGCCUGGAAUGAGUGAUAUUUCUCCAGGGAAAGGAGCUCCAGCUGAGCACAUAAUAGGAGGUGUCCAGCACCUGAGAUUUGGCUUUGAAUAAAUAUUUUGGCCUCGUUCAUAACUUAUGCAUUUUAGAAAGGCACAAAAGACGUGAUUAAUCCGUGUGAGAGAUGUUAACUCAUAUGUGCACAGAACUGCUUGUUUUAAUUGGAGGAAAUAAGGAGAGUGUGUGUGUAUGUUUUUUCUUUCCAGAGUCUUAAGUCAUGUGUCAGUGAAGGAAUUCGAGCAAUUGAUGAACGUGUGUCUAAACAAGAAGAUAUCAGGGCAAAAAAGGUACAACAGGCAGAUCCAUUUAUUGCAUUUUUAUGGCAAAAGGGCAAAAUGAACAUAUAUACCACAAUAUGGAAAUUUAAUUAUUAGUUUGAGAGCACCUCAUGCAAUCUUCUGACAUGGCAAAAUGAAAAGGAACUAGUAGAUGCAGAUUUGCCUUACUAGAAGAUCAGAGCCUUACUUUUUCUAACACACUUUCUCAAGGCAUGACCUAUGUCCUUUUGAAGAGUGUUCUAGGAAUUAUAGGAUAGAAUACACUUUUCCCUUUGGCUGUAGAAAGGGAGAUCCUUCAUUGGAGGCUACCUUGUUGUGGCUGUAAGAACCUUUGUGGACAACCUCCCUGUCCUGUCAGUGCUCAAAUGCAAGUGAGAAAAAAGAGGUGUGCAGGAUGAAUUGAAGGAGGCCUUGAAUCUAAAGUGCUCUCAUGCCUCUAGUACGUUACCAAGCUAAGGAGAAAACUGCACAAGACCAAGAGCAGGAAGCACAGAAACCUAUGGGAGGGAAACUAAUGGACAGGACCUCAGAGCUAAUGGCAAGGGAGGAAAAACAAGUUUACCCUCUCUACAUGAGCCUGACAGAGCUUUGGAUUUCGUAGUUUCUCUGCCUUUGAUUCUUUCUCCCUUCCUCUUUUGAAUUGCUCUGCCAACUGCAGUCCUAUACACACCUACCUGGGAGUGAGUCCCAUUGAACUCAGUGGAACUUAAUUCUGAACAGCCAUGUGUAGGAUUCCACUGUUUAAACUGUUUCCCACUUGCACUGAACAGUAUGCAUUUAAAUGACGGUAAACAUGGACAAAAGCCAUCAUAGGGAGUUUUUGGGUUCCUUGUUUUUUCUUAUGCAUUUCUUUGAAUGUGGUAACAGAAGGCACUGUCUUUAAUACGUGUUGCAGUUCUGACACAACACACCUCCCCUCCUUAUGCCAAGAAGAACCAGGUUUACAUGGGAGCUCCAUACAGUUAUUAACCUCAGCAGUGGAGAGGUGGGGGUCCCUUUGGCAUAGUGGUGGACUUCAGAGAUCACAUUGUAAUAGGUUUAUUACUUCCAGCUCCUUACCUAUUGAGUCAAAUCAUUUCCCCAAAAUACCUGCAAAUUUGUUGGGAAGAAAAUAUCUCAGAUUCAAUAUGAGAAGUUUUUCUUUUCUUUCUCUCCCCCCCACCAACCAGAUGUGUGUCCUGAGACUUAUUCAAGUUAUUAAAGCAGUUGAGAAAAUUGAGAAAAUUCUGCACUCCCAAAAUUCUAAAGAAAUGUCAUCACUAGAAGGAAGCAGGUAUGGGAUCAGCAAGGUGCUUUUGCUUAGUUCUGUCUGUCUUUGAAAUCUAUAUACCAGCAUCUUGAAACUCCAAAGUGGGAGGAAGCAACUAUUUAAAGAAGUUAGUUCGUGAUACACCAAUUGCUUCUGUCACAAUAACAUGCCAAAAUAGCAAAUGCUAUUUUACAGUUAGCAGAGCACCUGUCCUGCCACCUGUGUACCCUUUUGUGGAGCAGUCUGUUGACUUUCAUAGGGCUGUUCUGGAGUAAAUUAGUUGUAGAUUUUCCCUAUGGCUCUAUGGUUGUUGUUGUUUAUCUUGUGCCAGCAACAAAAGGGAGCUAUGGUCAUGUUUUCCCUGCUUAAAUCUUGCUUCUAUGUAUGGAAGGUGUGUUCACACAAACCUGUGCAAGACACAGUGCCUGUUUCAUGAACUGUAUAUGUGAUAGAAACCUAUGAUUGAUCCCUUGCUUAGUGAAACAGUCAUGUAUGCAUUCUUCAUGUAUGAUAAACAGAGCAUGCACUGUACUUACGUGUUGUGAUACCACCAUAAGAAAAAUAUCACAUAUGAAGACAUAACACUGGGACAUUUUCAUAGCCUCUGAAAUCUUCUUGGUCUUUGCAUUCAGUACAUCUUUUUAAAAUGCAAAUGCCCAUUUGUCUUGCCUGUUUUCACAAAUCUCCUAGCAUAUCUCUAGGCUUUGCAAGGGUUCACUAGCUGGUCUCUGAAGAUAGGAGAUCCACCUGGGAUUCUGACACUCCUUGGAAUUGACAGAGGAGACAGGGCCUGGCACAGCUUCCUAUGUUCUGGCAUUUUUCAGUUGCUUUGAAGCUGGUUUGAGUAGACAUGUUGCAUUAUCCCAUGUGGCCUCUAUUGUGUUGGAGGUAUUGUCUGAAAGCUUCCGCCAUUAAGAGUCAAGCCUGUUCCUAACUGCAUAGCCCUGUUGUGGGAUCUUCUUGGUCACACUAAAUGCAAAGGGAUUGUUGGGAGCUGGGAGGAAAUCACAUGAACUUGUGUAUAUAUACACGCAUACAUAUAUAGGAAGAGACUGUGUGUUUGUGUGAAGGGGGGGAGAGGGAUUAUGAUUAUCUACUGCCAUUGUUUUAUCAAAAUCGUAUCCUGAUGUGUGCCAAUUCCUUUGCAAGUCCACUUCUGACCGGACAGAUUUUAGAAAGAAUUGCCACAGAAUUCAACCAGUUACAGUUUCAUGCAGUACAGAGCAAAGGAAUGCCACUCCUAGACAAGUUGAAACCAGUAAGUAUGUUGCCUUGUUUUACAAAAAAAAGUUGUCACAAUUAAAUCAUAAUAAUAUUGUGGACUUUCAGUGGUGCCAUCAUUAUGAAAGUUCAUGCAUUUAUCUUGGACUGUAGUUGUGAUGAACAAGAAGAAUGCAAAAAUUGUAUCUGUUCCCAAACAGUUAGUCAGCCAAUGUGUUCUCUUCUCCUUAAAAUCCCUAAAAUCUUGUUUGUUGGAGACUGAAAUGCUUGCGUUUCUGUUUGCCUUCUGGCAGCUGAAUCACCGAUUAUCUCAGCUAAAGAGAGCCAGUGUGGUGUAGUGGUUAAGAGCAAUAGACUCAUAAUCUGGUGAACUGGGUUUGCGUCUCCGCUCCUCCUUGGGCUAGUCAUACUUCUCUGAAGUCUCUCAGCCCCACUCACCUCACAGAGUGUUUGUUGUGGGGGAGGAAGGGAAAGGAGAAUGUUAGCCGCUUUGAGACUCCCUAGGGUAGUGAUAAAGCGGGAUAUCAAAUCCAAACUCUUCUUCUUCUUCUUCUUAAGCUUUAAAAAAUAUAUUUAUAAAAAUAAGCAAAUCAUGCCUAUCAAUUAAAACUGUAUGUAUAGCAGUACAUUGUUCUGAUAUUUACUGCUCCAGUAUGUAAAGAACAUGUCAUCCUUUCAACAAAUUGUUUUAUAUUUUUACACUUUUAACCCACAUGCUCAGCAGUGUUUACCAUCCAGAACUCUAACAAAUACAGUAUGUCAGUUUUGUUGUGAGUACAAUGACCAGCACUCUUCAAUAAUUACAACUUUGUAGGAGUAGUAGUUUUCCUACUGUUAGUAGCAAACGCACGUAAUAAAUGUAAUAUUAACUCAAAUUAUACCUCAACCAAUGUUAUUAUUCCCAAAUAUUCAAGCAUGUUGUUUAAAACAAUUUAAUUUUAAACAGCCAUUCAAUAAUAAUCUAUAAAAAUCAUUAAGGGUUGGGUUUCUGGUAAACUUCAGAUUAGAAUUUUAACCUACUGUAUUUUUUCGUGUAUAAGGCUCCCCCAUGUAUAAGACAACCCCUAUUUUUUUUUACCCAAAAUUAAGAAAUUAAGUUGUUUAGCUUUUUGGGGGGGUAGGGGAGGUCACUGCCACCAAUCGCUCACCUGCCUGCCUGCCACUGCCGAUCGCACACCUCGCCACAGCCGCCAAUGGUCUGCCCGCUCCCCACCACCAACAGCCCACCCGCCUACUUGCUGCAGCCACCAAUCAUCUGCCCGUCUCGCCACAGCCGCCAAUCGCCUGCCCAAUUGCCACAGCCAAUUGGCAGCAGGCUUUGCCGCAGCCACCAAUCACCCGCCCAAUCGCCGCUGCCAAUCUCCUGCUUGCUGCUGCCACUAAUCGCACAUCCCCCUUCUGCAUUCACUAUCUGUGUAUAAGAUGACUCCCAAUUUUUGCCUGAUUUUUUUUUAGCAAAAAGCAUCGUCUUGGAAAAAUACAGUAUAUUGGUGAUUGGUGGUUUUUGAGGCUGUAAUGCAGUUCUUAAAUGACUAAAUAAAACUAGUGGAUAUUUCUAAUUUUUCUGGCACAGCAAUAACAAUUCUUUUCAUUCUUUUUUUGAAAAUCAUAGCGAAUAGUUGGGAUAACAGCAAUGCUGCAGCAGUCCCUGGAAGGGCUGCUUUUAGAAGGUCUUCAAACUUCCAACAUUGACAUAAUCCGUCAUUGCUUGAGAACCUAUGCAACAAUAGACAAAACACGGGAUGCUGAAGCAUUAGUUGGUGAAGUGCUUGUGAAACCAUAUGUAGAUGAGGUAAGUGAAGCUGGAGGCAACUGACUCAGGAGAAUACAUUGUGUUUUGUAUAUAUGUCUAGUACUUCUGGGGCUCUUCCUGACUUAUGAAAGUUAAGCAGAAAGAAAGUUAGAGCAGAAAGCAGGUUAUUUGAACAUUUGUAUUUUUAUCUUGCAUUUUUAUGUUGUGAACUGCCCUAAGAUCUACAAAUUUAAUAAAUAAUAUUUGCCACUAGACCUUGAAUAUGUUCAGGUGCUAAAAAAAAUAUGGUGUCAGUGUGUUACAACAUCGGGAGGCUGUUGCAUGUAGGAACUGAAAGCUAAUUUAACUGUUUUAUAUCUCCUAUUAAACAGCAUUUUGAGCAUUGCUAUGAUAAUGCAGUAAUUAUUGACUUUGGGCUGUAGAUGGAAGAUAUUUUAAUCUUUUUUGCACUGGAAUUCUUGUCUGGCAUCUUUAAUUUGAUACUAAAUGUUUUUGACAGGUGAUUGUGGAGCAGUUUGUUCAAUCUCGUCCUAAUGGCCUCCAGACCAUGUACAACAAAUUGCUGGAGUUUGUUCCUCUCCAUUGCCGGCUCUUGCGUGAAGUAACAGGGGGAGGUAUUUCAAGGUAACACAAACCUUUUUUUGUUAAAUGGCGUGAGCAAUUGUUGUUUCGGUUUCACUUAUAACUAUGGACAAUACAAUAAUACCUCUGCGAAUGUCCACCUCAUCUAGCGUCCGCUUCGGCUGGCUAGCAGCCGGGGCUCCGGAACGGAUCCCAGUCGCAAAACAAGUAGACCUUCUGAAGUCAGUGGACUUGAGUUAGUUGUAACUAAGGUGCAUCAGUUUCAGUGGGGCUACUCUUGAGUGUGAUUUAGUCUGAUUUUAAAUGAUGCAAGCAGAAUUCUUGAUCCUCAUCUGCAGAAAAUCAAUAUCUUACGGUAGAGAAUAGAGAUGCUGUAACCUGCUGAGAAUAUUAUUGAAAAUGCAACUGUUUUCCACAAAGAAAAAAGAUUAAAACCCUAAAUAUUCUUUUCAUACUCAGUAAACCGUUAUCAGAACCACAUUCCUGUCUGUGGUCUCCGGGGGGGCGGGGUGUUCAAUAGAAUAACCUCAACUCAUUCUGAAAGUGUCUGAUUUUAUUGUCACUUCAUUAAUGAAAUAUUUUUCUUUUCAUUGCCAGGACCUUUAAUUUCUUAAUCCAGGCUAGCACAUCUGGUAUAUUCAGGUGUUUCCAAAUAUGUGCUAGACAUGAUUUCAACAGCUAAUUUCAAAUCACCUGCAUGUAUUUUGUUUGGAUUUGAUGUUUGUAGUGGUUUGGGGAACUAGAAAACUGUUAUAACUCAAGCCUUUACAGAAUUGAUGUCCACCAUUCAGCAAGAAGAAUCACAAGCAACAGGAAGCUGUGGGCUGGAGUGUAAAGUCUAUGAGCUUGACUGUGGUGCAGAAUUAGGGUUACAGUCAGUAGAUUCAGGGCAAUACUCCAUCAAGACAUAGGGUGUUGUGUAUCUACUGUAGUAACUCUACUGUUGAUCUAAGUUCUGGAAUGUGUGUGUACUAGGUUGGUGCUAUCUCAUAUAAUGGGUCAUUGUGUUACAGCAUGUAACAGCUAAUUGUUGGAAAAUGUAGUUUGCGAAUUUGUCUAUAUAAAAUUAAAAAAGAAAAAGAGAUUGUAAAUCUGACUAGUGGAACUACAUGACUGAGCACUUUGCCUAUUAUUUCGGAUUGCUAUCUCCUUAAAUAAGUGCCUAAUUCAUAUUGCAAUUAAAUUCAGGCCACCUAAAUUGAAUCCAUUUAUUUUGUUCCAGUUAACACAGUAGCCUGCAAUUAUUGGUGCUUAGGAUUUAGCUCUCGAGACUGCAGAAAUACUUUCCUAAUUAUCCAGGCAUUGUGGUGCUCUUCCUAUGACUUAACAUUUUGCUAACAUUUCAAUUCUCUUAAUCCCUGAAUAGGUUUAAUCUUCUUUCAUAAGAGAAAAUCAUUAAUAUUUUGUUUGUGAUGGACGAGAACUAUAAAACAUUUAAUUCCCUCACUCUGCCUCCCAAGUUUCCGAACUAUCAAAUGGGGUAUAAAUCCUAAUCUGUAUGUGAUGCUGGUUACAUUUAGAAAUUGGAACUCAGGGAAGAAGAAAACAAAGUUUAUUCUUUCUCCCUGGGGCAGCCACAAUAAUGUUCAAGUGUGUUUCCCAUUCAUGUCUAUAUUAUUAUGUGUUCUUGAGGGAAACUGAGUCCUGCUUCAUUUUCAACGUUACCUCCUUACCUCUUUUCACAUAGUUAAGCUCCAGAAUGAGCUGGACUAGAAUAAAAAUGCUACGGUCAACAGACCACAGGGAGGGUUCAGUUCCUUUGAAACACAUGACCUUUUGAUGUUAAAAUCAGACACAUACAUGGCCCACUAUAUGGAUGAACACCGAAUGUGUCCAGCCCAUAUCACGUCUAUGCACAGGCUCAGGAUGUACUUAACUAUCUAUCAGUAGCUGUUGAGGAAGUAAGCCAUGUUUGUUGCCUUUUAGUGUUUUCCUCACUGAUACAUGCAUUUGCUGGAAUGUCCAAUAGUGUAAUUAUCAAGUGCACAAUAGGGCUUUCUGCAUACCCAGUUCCUUGUCCUGAGCUUAGGUUUCUUUCAAAUGAGGUAUUUACACUGAAAUUGCUACUCCACACAAAGUUGUUACAUCAUGGACUUCCUAGUAUGUUUCUUCCAUGAUGCUUCCAUGUAUUCUUAUGCCUCAGAAAAUACAACUUCAAAAACUACGAACGCGUAGCACAAGCCUCACAACUAUUGACAGCUUUAGAAAGACUCACCCGCCUUUUGAAAGAGGUGUGGUUUUGAUAUUUGCAGAACCCAUUUCCCUAACCUUUAAUGGCCAGCACCUCAUGUUUAGCUUUGUUCAAGAGACUUGGGAGAAAAGAAUGAUUCUCCUUAUCUUUGCCUUUAUCACAAGAUCCUACCCUGAAUCAACCACACACCCAUUUGAACAACAUCUUUGUGCUAUAGAGUCAGAAAUGAAUUAAGUCCUCGAGAGUGCCGAUCUGGAUAUCUGUUUAGGGAAGAGUGGAAAUCUGAAGAGUGGAGAUCUGGAGAUCUGUUUAGGGAAGUUUUUUAAUGACUGAUGUUUUAAUAAAUUUCUAAUCUCCUGUUGGAAGCCGCCCAGAGUGGCUGGGGAAACCCAGCCAGAUGGGCGGGGUAUAAGUAAUAAUAAUAAUAAUAAUUAAUAAUAAUGGAGAGAUGUUACAAGCAUGCAGUGCAACAUGUUCUGAGUGAUGUGGAAAGUUGGCUGCAGUUUCAUGUGUAGCUUGUAGCAGAAGAGCAACAACUGGAUAGGAUAUGCCCAUUUGGAAGCACCCUUAAACUCAAUUCUGGGUAGCGAUAUUCACCUACCGGUUGUGCAGGUUCAUGGGCACUAUUGGCUAGCUCUCCUGCUGACUGCUUGAGUUAUUGGGAACAAGUCACUGACUAACACAUUCUCCUGUAUUUGCAUUAAGUAUGAACUAGCUGCUGCUGUGCUAUAAAUUUUCUUCCUAAAUGCCCUCUGCCCAGAAUACCAACUCUGUGCUGAGCAGAACUUUUUAUAUCUAUAAAGUUUUCCCAGACUGAGUAUAUCCCCACAGAUUUGUAUAAGCAGAUUUAUAUGUUUCAUAGAAGUAUCUGUUAAUUAAUUUGGAUUUGAUUGUAGUAUCAAAAAGACAAGAUGUUAAAAUGAUAAGAAACCAAGAAUAUGUUGACAUUAAGCUAGUAGAAAUAUUCAAAUGAUUUGCUACAAACCUACUAAUGUACAUUUUUGUAUAAUUAUUGAUAAUGCUUAUAUUUUAAGUAUUUCUAAGAAAAAUGUUUAUUUAAUUUUGCAGCGAAAAGGGGAAUGUUGUUCCUGGAUAUGAUUUUUUGGUAAAUUCUGUGUGGCCAGAAAUAGUUCGUGGUUUAGAAGUUAAGCUGCCAUCACUGUUUAAUCCUGGGAACCCAGAUGCAUUUCAUGAGGUAAUUUAAAAUAUGCAUAUUAACCUUCUCUUUAACACAAUGAACCAAGGAAUGUGGGCCUUUAGUUUAAUAUGAAAACUAGAAAAUGAUUUUUGAAAUACAGAAUGCUCAAAUUCAACAACUAAGAGCAGUGUCAUGUAUUGAAUUUUCUAUACAGAGAUUAACAAUAAUAUUGAUGUAAAGAAUGUCAACAUGAAGUAUCAUUUGAUACAAGCAAGCAUCAUUUGAUGUGCCUUAGUACUAGGCCUUUUAACCUGCUCAAUUGACUAAAAAUCUCAAUUCUGAUUAAUUGGAAGUUGUGUUAUCUCUGCUCAUCAUGCUCAUCAAAAAAUACCCUCAAGGAGCUGCAACAAAACAAAACAAAAUAUACCGAAUAAAAAUUAGUUAGUUUUCCAGUUCUGUUGCUAAUUAUAUAUCUGGUAUUCUGGAUUUCAGAGAGCUUGAUAAAUAGCACUAUGUUAUUUCAAUAUUUGUAUGUUAAAGAUAUACCUUAAAUAUUCCUUCUUCAGAAAUACACUAUAAGCAUGGAUUUUGUGAGAAAAUUUGAACGGCAGUGUGGCUCACAAGCCAGCGUUAAAAGACUACGGUCACAUCCUUCCUACCACAGCUUUAAUGAUAAAUGGAAUUUGCCUGUUUAUUUCCAAAUAAGGUUGGUAUUUGAGUUUUAUUUUUAGGGGACAUGAAAUUACUUCAUUUAGAUAAAAAUAUUUUUCAUGUUUUGAAAGACACAGUCCCUUGCUGCCUGCUGAAACCUACAAAGGCAAAAAUGUUGAAAAGUGGAAUAAAUGUCCUUUGGUCUCAUAACAUGCUGUUUGUCAGAACAGCAUCCAAAUAUAUCUCCAUUUUUUGUGCAACAAGUACUGAAAUAGAACAGUUUUUCAAAUCUUACACAUUAUCUGUGGUUUGCAGCUGUCUAUUCUGUCAGCUUUCCUACUAUGAGGUAGAAUGUGGAUUGAACAGGAACAGUUUCUCCUAUUAGGUGUUUGGAAAUUUAACAAUUACAUUCCGUCUGAUUUUACCUUUUUGUGAUGUCAUACGUUUUCAAAUAGAAGAUAAUGUAACCUACAACAGGAAUCCAUCAUCUACAAAUUAUGCUUCAUAUUUCAGAAUUACUAUUUUUACUCAUCUGCAAAUUCAGUUGAUUGACUAAAACUCAUGUGGUUAAUAAACUAAGGUUUGUUUUUUUAUUGUAACAGCUUGAUUUAAAAGUGAAGUGAAGUGAAACAAAGCUGUACCCAAAAGAAUUAGACUUGUUUAUUGAAUAAAUAAUUAAAUGUUAGCAGCAAACCCAGAGUAAGGUAACCAAACCUUCCUGCUUAAUUGGACUGAAACAUUUGACUUGGCUGUGGUGUUCCUUGGACCCUUUGCACUCUGUGGCGUUCCUCCAGAUAGACUGAUAGCAAUUGCCACAUGUUCUUUUGAAACACAGAUAAGCUUACAAGCUGCUUCUGUUUAUAUUUCUGAAAACUUGGUUGUGAUAGUACUUUUCUUUUUUAAAAAACAAAAAUGUUCAGGGUAUCAGAAAGAACUAUUGAUUUCCAUCCCCUAGAACUGUUUGCAGAACCUUGUGGCAGUGUCCAUUAGCAAAUAAAAGGCAGCCAUUGGUGCCACGGUCAUAAGGCCUAGCCAGCCAGAGGUCAUCAGAAGCAACUCUAAGAACUAAGGCACAUCCCUGCUCCCCUUCCCCCUCCCUCUUUCAAUGUAAAACUUUUCCCUUUAAGCUUCUUAACCAAUCUGCACUUCCCUCUAGCCGCAGCGGUUCUCAACCUGUGGGUCCCCAGAUGUUGGACUACAACUCCCAUCAUCCCUGAGCUCUGGUCUUGCUAGCUAGGGGUGAUGGGAGUUGUAGUUCAACAACAUCUGGGGACCCACAGGUUGAGAAAGGCUAGUGCAACUUUAAAUUUGGUCCCAGCUUGCAAAACUCACAAGUUUUUGUUUUAAAGAGAUGCUAAAAUAGUGGUGAUAACUAGAGGCUGGGGAAACCUCUCGGGGCCUCGCAAGGUCCAGCAUUUCUCUACCAGCCCUAUCCAUUUGGGGAUGGCCUUUAUUCCUGAAAUUUACCAGCUUUCUUACUCAUCAUAACAGCAAGAACUAACAUAGGAAACUACAGUGCACAACCAGGGGUUGAAUUGAAUGAAUGUAUAUUGGCCUUGCAGAGGAUGGGGCAGUCUCUUUAGAGAUGACAACAUUAACUAACUGCUCUGUCUCUCAGACUCUUCUUCGAACGCUCUUCUGUUUCUACUCCAUACCUAACACUCAUUCUGAUACUGCCUCUCAUUCUCCUGCUGUCAUUCUUCUAUUACAUGGGAGCAGUUAUAGCUGCUGUGUUAUACAGAUUCUUAUGGUAUUCGGGUUUGAAAUACAUUUGGGGGAAUUGGACUACAGCGUGCAGCAGUAAGCUGCCAAAUAUUAAUUUUAAUUAGGAUUUUAUUUUUAUUUUUUAGGUUUAGAGAAAUAGCGGGGGCCUUAGAAACAGCCUUUUCUGAUGACUUAGAAGAAGCUCCAGGUAAAUUACAUCUUCACUGUAAUUACCAUGUGCAAUGAGGAUUUGAGAAUGAAUGACAAAUAAUCAUUUUUCACUACCAUAAAGCACUUCACAAUUAUAUCUGUCAUGUUUAUACUGAUGGGAACUUCAGCUGUGCUUUAAGAAAAAUAGUAUGGUGUCUAGGUGAACUCAAGGAAAUAAUUCUCAAGAACGAUUUCUGCUUUUAGCCGAUGACAUCAACUAUGGCAGAAAUCUUGUCUGCUGCACUGCCUAAAUGUUGGGUAGCAGUGAUGGCUAGACAUAGUGGCUAGGAAUGAAGAAUGAAUUGCGCUGCAGAGAAGACAAAAGUUAUUUCGCUUACAGCCCUAAAUGUUGUGUCAUUUAAUGGUGUAUGACUGGAGGGACAGUUGACAAACAGGUAGUUCUACAACCUCUGUGUAGCACUGAAAUAAAAUGUGCACCAUCACAGCAUAGCAUUAUUUUGCUUUUGUAUCUCCAUCCAUAGUUCUGUAAUGAGAGGUAACCCUCCUUUAAAAAGCUAAUAGAUUAUUAAGGAAACAGUAGCAGCCUUCCUUUCCCCUUCCUCCGCAGCUAUGGCUUUGCUACCCAGAAUCCAUAAGAUGUGUCUACCUCUGACCUCCAGCUAUCAUGCUUUUAAUAGUCUGUUGGGAGCCACCCAGAGUGACUCCCAGUCAGAUGUGACCCAGUCAGAUGGAUAGAAUACAAAUAAUAAAAAUAUUAUUAUUAUUAUUAUUAUUAUUAUUAUUAUUAUUAUUAUUAAUCUUGGGUGGCUGUUAGUUGCUUUUCCUCAGAAUUAAGUGAGAGGUGGGGUGGGCCUUAAGUUAGCGAAAUAUUUGACUCGGGAUUAUUUAUUGUCACUUUGGCUUAUCUGUCUUUACACAAGAUGUGUCAGUGAUCCCCCAAACAUUGGUGCUGUACAGAAGUUAUGGGGCAGGUAUGGGUACAGGAUUGGAAAUAAGAGAAUAAAAGCAAAAAUGUAUCCAUAAACAUUCAUAAUAUAGCUGGUCUAAUUGGGAUAAUUUUGAAAACCGCAAAGGGCUACAGUUCUGGAUUGUGACUGAUAAUUUAACUAUUCCUGUGUUUUCUUUUCAGCUCAAAGUUCGUACAGCCUCUUGGCAACACAUGUUGCAUGUGCAAGUCUGCAGAAGUGUUGGUCAGAUCAGAUAUUUCUGCCAUUGCUCACACAUCGCCUUUGGAAGCUUUCACUGCAGAUUGUAGCGCGCUAUUCGUUUUUUAUUAGUGAGGUGAGGAAAACUACAGGCUUCUCUCAAAGUUCUAUGAUUCUCCUUUCAACUCUUAUAGUUGUUAUUUUUAGGAGGUUGUCUAAACCCUGUAUGACAAGCCAAAAUGCUGUUUCACUGUAGCUUUAUCAAAUUAGGGCAAUAUGUUGAUAACCUGAGGCUACAGUCUUCUGUACACUUGCUAGGGAGCAAUUCCCACUGAAAUCAGUGGAACUUACUUAUGAAUGGACAUUGUGCUGAGAUGUGUAUUGUUUGGUGUAUAGUAUGUCUGCAAUAACCUCUUUGCCAUUUUCAUUUUUCGUAUCGCAGCUUUUACUCAGGCCCAUCUCUAACGAAAGUACAAAGGAUAAAAAAUCAUUGGCAAGCAGUAGCAAGGAGUGCCCACUGAACCCAAGCUCUGUUGAAGACCAAGGAAACGACUCUUGUUCAGAGUCUCAGCCUUUAGCUUCCAUAUCCACUACUCAGCUGGUGCUUGUUGCUUCAGAUCUGGAUAAGCUUCAGGAAUGGGUUAGUAUACUUCAUUGGUUUGCAUGUCAAGUAUCAAAUCAGGCCUAAGGUUCUCUGAGCCUGGCUGACUCUGAUACUGAACUUUUUUCUUAAUGCUUAUUCUUGUCAAUUUUUUUUAGCAAAUUUAACAAAGAAGGAAAAAAGAAAAACCAGGAAAAGGAAAAUAUACUUCAAGCCUAGAAGGAUAAACAUCCGCCAUCUACAGUCAUACCUUGGUUCUCGAACGGAAUCCAUUCGACUUCUGGAAACGUUCGAAAACCAAGGUGCGGCUUCUGAUUGGCUUGCAGGAGCUUCUUGCACUCAAUCGGAAGCUGCGUCAGACAUUCGGCUUCCAAAAAACGUUCGCAGACUGGAACACUCACUUCUGAGUUUGCAACGUUCGAGAGCCAAAACGUUCAAGUCACAAGGCAUUUGAGGUCCAGUGCCCUAGCUGCAUUUGAACAUAUUUUUAAAAGUGUCAAUCUUGUGUUGAUACUUAUUCGGACAUCUGGAGGGCUUAUAUUAACUAAUGUGUUUAAUUAAGUUGAGUGUACUUAUGGUUACUGUAUCCUCAAUUUGAGCUAAUGGUUGUUGCUUACACACACACAUAUAAUUUCUGUCUCUUAGGCACCGUAAGGGUUCACAAAGUCCACUUUUGUUGUCCUGCCAUUAACCCCACCCUGACACCGAACUUUUGAAAUAUUUAAAUGGCAGGCUUCAGUUCAGUAAUAGCUAUAAUUUCCAGAACCUUAAGCAUUAGAAUGGAUGCUCACAUAAAGGGUGCUGAUACUAUCUCUGUGACUGUUGUAUGAAUAAUGGUUGCAGAUGCAGAAAAUAUUCCUUAAUCUUUGUGCCUUUGGUUCCAUGGAGUUUAGAUAUAUCAAGGUUUAUCUGUUUACUUUAAAGUAUGUCUCUCUGCAGGGAAGAUAUAAUGCAGUACAUUAUGUCAUAAAGAGAAUUAUUUCAUCUCCUGCAGCCUAACUUGCCAUCAAUUUGUAACAUUCAUGGCUGCUGCUGCUGCUUCAGUUUUUCACAACUCUCUAUAGAAAGCAGCUCUGUGGUUUUGUGUAUCUUUGGGAUGUGAGCCAUGUGCUUGUUUUUCCAGUGUAAAUUUUCAUUGAUUAGCCUCUCAGCCCUCUGCAAGAUUUAACUGUCAAGCUCUCAUUUUGCAACACAAGCCUUGUAGCUCACUGGGGUGCUGUGAAGUCUGUUUGAGUGUGACUUUUUGAUCACUUUUUCUGUUCAAGAUUAAUUAAAUGCUUCAAGGAGCAAAUCUGCUAUUUUGAAUAAAACUGUUUCAUGAAUUCUAGAUGUUUUGCCUUGAGGCUUUCUUAGUGUGCUGCAUUGAAUUCAGAAUCUCUUGCUGUUGCGUCUGACAUUUGCAUAGCUGAUUUUCAAAAUGUUAUGUUUUGUGAUGUUGGAGUAAAAUUUAUAUUCUGUAGUUGCACACAAGAAACACUUCUGUGCAUGGGGAAUUUGAAUAUAUCGAGAAAACAUAUUCAAACGUAGCUGUAAUUGUUUGAAUAUUACUUUUCUUUCAGUUUCCUGAAUUGUUGGAAAUUAUCAAACCAAAACUUGAAACCACUGGUUUCAAGAACAUAGCCUGCAUCUCAGGUAAAUGUGAGUUCAGGUAUCUGCUUAUAUUUUUUGUUACAUAUUCAUGAUAUGAUAUAAUGAACAUACUCUGCUGGGAAGUAUAUCGGCAAAUGCCUAAUGGAGAUAAAUUGUUUAAUGAGAGAGACUAUUUUUGAUUCAAGAAGAUUCACCAUAAUUUGAGGAAAUUUCUAAAUUGCACAGUAUUUUAUACAUGCGACACCCUACCCUUAUUUGGCAGGCUAUGGUUAGGAAAUUGCCUGUGGCUUGCUUGGUCCUCUCUCUCCUUCUUCUUGCUUGUUCAGAAAUCUUCUUUGCCUUCAUUUUUGGAGUGAGCUAUCAAGUGACAUUACAGCUGCACUGAUAUUUUUCACUACCGCAGUUUGCAAAUUUACUUUUUACUGUGAUUGCAACUGUGAUUUAGAUCUAACUGUGGUAGCAAAAAUGCCAGUGCAAGUAUAAUACAUAUUUUACUUCUGGUGGUUCCCUCACUGCAAGAAGUGAGGUUACAGGGAACCAGGCAGAGGGCCUUCUUGGUAGUGGCAUCCGCCCUGUGGAACACCCUCCCACCAGACGUCAAGGAAAUAAACAACCAUCCAACUUUUAAAAGACAUCUGAAGGCAGACCUGUUUAGGGAAGUUUUUAAUGCUUGAAGUUUUAUUCUGUUUUUAGUGUUCUUUUGGGAGUUGCCCAGGUGGGUGGGGUACAAAUAAAAUUAUUAUUAUUAUUAUUAUUAUUAUUAUUAUUAUUAUUGAUUAGCUUUACAAAUGAAAGGGAAAGGAGAAGAUGUUUGCAUAUGAAGAAGGAACAUAGAAUAGUCAUGAACCCACAGGACUUGCUUGAUGGCCUAACUUUAAUCAGGCAGUGUUUUAGCAAGUGCCCCCAAGCCUUUUGUAUGUGUAUGAACGAGAUAUAUUGGAAUAUUAAUGCAUCCGGGCAGAAAGAUCCUCAAGCACAGAUUCGCUGAGUAGAGGGAGAUAGGAAGAACCAGUGGUGUCUUAUCUACCAACGGAAAAGAGCCUGGCAGAGUGGGGCGUCCACUGUGGAGGCCCUUGAUAUGUCUGUGGAUAGCCCUGUGAACAUUGAGUUUCUGCUAGUUUUUUGUUACUUAAUGUUAGACCCCUUGAAAGGCUGCUCCAGUUGUGGGGCAGGGGAGGAGGAGACAGCCUUGGAUUUGUUAGAUUCCAGGCGCUUUGUUCAUCUGAGAGGCCACAGGAUUGGCCUAAUUAAUCCCCCUUCUAGAACCAAUGGUGGUGGUGAAGAUCCACACAGGAAGGAAGAGGGGCAACCCCUCCGUGCCUCUUGUUCUGGCUGGAGCAAGCUAGCAGGGCUUGGGUGUGGCAGACAACCAGUCAUUUCACGCCCAUCCAAACCUCGUGGAAGACCGUGCUGUGAAUUGUCAGUGUAACGCAGCAUAAGAAAUAGUAUCUGUCUUCUUUAUUUGAUUACAUUGGGGGGGGGCGGAUAAGGGAGUUGAAAAAGACUGUUGCAAUAGCCCUGGAAUUUCUAAUGAAGGGCAGUAUACACGUUUUAAGAAAUACUCCAAAAGUGUGUGUUCAUCUCAGGGGAGCUCAGAUUUUACCACAGUUUGUUUUUUUCUUAACAGGAGCCCUGGAAGACUCAAAGGACUCUCUACUGGGUUGCUGGCCAACCUUGAACAGUAAGCUUAUUCAGGAGUUAAGUGAUUCUUGCUUCGGUUGCCUGAAAAGUGCUGUUGAGAUUCCAAGGCUAUAUAGAAGAACCAAUAAGGUAACCCAUCCUUCAUAUUUAAACAAUAAAGGCUUGUGUCAGCAGCAUAGAAUGUUUUGACCACUUACCUGCAGCUGAUAGCCCCCAACCCCAUGAAGCACAGUAGCUUUGGCAUAUAAUUUCUUACCUGAGAUAUCAUCAAUUAGCUAUAUGAGAUGGAAGAGCACAGUGUUAUGCUGAUUAAUGACGAUCUGUGUUACAUGCAGUUUUCAACUUCUCCUAGUUUAAUUUACACUUUAUGGAUCUCAAUUGAGCCUGCCAUGCCCACCUAAGCCAAGGUAGUAGGAAUACUGUAUGUUUGAAUCCUAGUGUAUAGCAUUACUGCAGACUGGCAUCAGCAGACUUCCUCAAACCAAAACCUUCCCCCACUUUAUAUGUGAUGGGAACAGACCUGCUCUUUACACAAACUUUGAGAUCUCUAGUUUCCCAUUUUCCCCCAGGACCUUUGAUAACAGGUCCAUUGCUUUUUGUCAUAUUCAUUUAAUUCAGACAAACUACUACUUAACACACUUCAACACUAUCAGGCAAGCAGUUUCUUACCCCAACCCUUUCUGUGCAUGUUUAUGUCUGGUAUGAUGGGAAUACAAUGAAAAUACAUUUUUUUUCUGAAAAAGUCAAAUGUGUAGGCUCAAAAAGGAACCUAAUUGAGGUUUAGGUGAUAUGUAUAUGUAUUAAAAAACCAUUUGAUUAACUACCUAGUAUUGAAUUCUCAUGUACUGCUUAUGUAUGAGCAUGUUGAGCUUUGCUUGUUUUGAACUCUAAAAUAACGAGCUUUUUACUCGUUUUCUUGUCAAUUUGUGUAACAUUAACCAGGAGGUGCCAACCAAAGCAUUGCCCUAUGUUGACACUGCUCUUAAACCUUUCCACCAACUGAAGAAUGACUACAAAGAUACACUAAAACCAGCUGUAAUUGAGCAGUGGCUUGAAGGAGCCCUUGGCAAAAGCACACAAAAGUAAGUGAAAAUUUACUGCAACUUCACAAGGGUAUUUCAGCAUUAAAAACUCAACUUUUCUCAAGCCACUGUGGGUUAAGACAAUCACAUCUUGGGCUAGAUAAAAUAAGAUGUGAGUGAGCACUUUGGUUGCGCACAUAACCCCUUUGCUCCUCCCUUCGUAGUAGAAGCCAGCAGUGGUGUAGUGGUUAAGAGCAGUGGACUCGUAAUCUGGUGAACCAGGUUCACUUCCCCGCUCCUCCACCUGCAGCUGCUGGGUGACCUUGGGCCAGUCACACUUCUCUGAAGUCUCUCAGCCUCACUCAUCUCACAGAGUGUUUGUUGUGGGGGAGGAAGGGAAAGGAGAUUGUUAGCCGCUUUGAGACUCCUUAAGGGGAGUAAAAGGUGGGAUAUCAAAUCCAAACUCUUCUUCUUCUCUUCAAACGAUCCAGGUUGUCUUCAGUUAACAGUAGUUCCCAGGAAACUUUGGUGUGGAGUUGUUUUUGUUUUUUUUUAGAAUCUUACUGUUUUGUAUGCAAAGGCAUUUACAGACAAUGAACCCACUGGACAUGCUUGAUUGCCUAACUCCUAUUGUUGUCAUCAUGCAGCCCCUGCUGCAUCAGCCAAGCCUUCUGCAGUGAUGGAAUGCAUUUCCCUUCCUCCAUUCAUGAGGCCUGUACCAAUUCCUGCACUGAUUCCAGCAGUGCACGUGGGCAAGCAAGCCAACUCCUCCUUCCUUGACCCUUUUCCUCCAUAGUUUAGGCCAGCCACCCUGAUGCUACCCUGGUCUUCUGGCCUCUAUCAGUCGCCACUUUCCCUGUUGCUGCUGCUUCCCUUCUCCUUCUACACAGCCCAGCUCUGCAGUGAUGGAAUGCAGCAGCAGGACUGGCAACAGCAUGUGAAUGGGUGUUGCAGAGCCCACUGCCUUUAUAUUGCCCAGAGCCUAUAGAAACUUGGAGUUGGCCCUGCAGAAACUGCUACCCAUGUCCCACAUGGCAUUUUUGGUCCCGGAUGCUAAAUACGCACUUAUAAUAGUCGAUUUUGUGGGUCUGAUAUCGUAUACACAACUUACUGGUAAGGUAAAGGAAGAAUCUAAGUAUUAACAGCUAUGAGAUGUUCCAGCCAAACUUUUAAGUCCUGUUGAGUUUAGUGAGAGCGACAAACACACAUUUUGUUUGUUUCUAUCUGGCUGUGCCCUGUGGGCUCAAAGCAGAUUAGAGUUGUUUUUCUGAAUGCUAAUCACUCUGUCCGUAAGGGGCUCACAGUCUAAUGCAUUAAUGAAUCUCUUUAUUCAGGUACUUUGAGACAAUAUCAGAUAUUCUGAAUUCUGUAAAGAAAAUGGAAGAGAGUUUGAAAAGGCUGAAGCAGGCAAGAAAAACCGUGAUGGCAAAUAGCACCGCUCCAAAUGGAGGCAUGAGUGAUGAUAACAAAAUCCGCCUGCAGCUGGCCUUGGAUGUGGAGCACUUUGGAAUUCAGGUAAGUUGGAUGCAGACACAAAUGUAUGUGUGUUUUUGCGGGAUAACAAUUUUCUUUAUCUGGGGUAUAUAAAUCUGCCUCCUUCCAAAGCUUGUAAACCACUGAAAACCGCCUUGUGUAUAGCAACAUAGGAAGGUGGUAUACAAAUUAAAAGUGAAAUAAAAUGAGAGGGGAGCGGUUCAGGGUGAUGUAUAAUUCAUCUUAAAAUCAUCAGCAGAAUAACAAUAAAAGCACAAUACCAAGAGAAAAAUACCAACAGUUCAUUGAAACACUUAUUCAGGUAUUGUUGCUGAGGAUAAAAGUCACCAUACAACGAAAGCCUGAGUAAAUACAGAUGGAUCAGAAAUAACUGGAAGCAGAUAUUUCAUUCCUUUGAAAGGGAAGUAAGCAUUUAUUUCAGGCUGUGCAACGGUGUUUCGUUGUCUUGGCACAUGACCCAAAUAACUGCAAGAGGGCCUCCUCCACUGUUAGCAAACUCAGUCUUUAUAAUUGGCACUCACGUGGGUAGGACUCUGCUUGUUGUCCCUACUAAAAUUUCGGGCAGGAAAUAAGUGGAAGGGCUUUCUCCUUUGCAGACCCCUGCCCCUCAAAUGGUCUCCUCUUAGUGUUGGCCUUCAGGAGUCAGCUGAAGGCAUUCUGUGAACAAUCAAAAUGGAAUAGAUUUCCAUAUUUGAACCAUUGUGUUCCCGUCUCUUUACUGCUCUUUUGGUGGGAGUAGCUAUUUUGUAUUACGCUGCACCCCAGGCAGCAAAACUGAGAUCCGUUAGCAAGUAUUCAAGUUGUGCACUUCAUCAGGUACCAACAGCAGUUGCCCACACACAUGCUAUUUUAUGCUUGGCAAACAUCAAAACGUCCCAACCAGCAAAAGUAACUGGAAUGUUAGCCAAGUCAAAUGAUACUUAUUCCAGCUGCCUAAAAAUAACUUUGUCAAAUGCAUGCUAAAUAAAAGAAGUGGCUGUCAACACAAGACAAGUUUCUAUGUGCGUGUCUUAUAGAGCUUCUGAUCAUGCAAUGAUUAAGUAAGAAAUUUCUGCUUUUGCCUGCAAAAAUAAUAAAUGAACUGUAAUAUUUUGUUUUAGAUACAGAAGAUGGGAUUGCAGCUGAGCAACAUCAAAAGCUUCUCAGCUCUUUCAGAGCUUGUUCAAUCUGCCAAGGAUCAGAUAGCAGCAGAACAAACAUGAUUUUCAGCUGAGAAGAGAGAGCAGGCCUGGCUUCUGAAAAGAAGAGGGUUUCUUUUUAUUUUCUCUCAUCAAGUACUAUGUAGCAAGGAAGUGCUUCCUAAUUCAGCUUCAGCAGCAAGUUAAGUGUGUCUCAAGAGACAUAAAAACUUGUUUCACCAAAAAGGAGAGAACCUUAUAGAAGAGCAUUUACUCUCAUUUUCCAUUGUAUGGAAGAAAGUUUAUAUAUUUCUAAGCAAUCUACUACAAAGCUAUGAAAGGUUGUUAUUAUUUUUAUUAUUUUUAUUAUUAUUGUAAAUCUUAUCAUGCAGGAAAACUGAUUUAACAUGAUUAAAAUAAACAAGAAAAGCAUUGUCUUCCUUUGUAACAUUUUAUCACUGGAGAGGAGAUGUAUUAAAUAUGUAAGUUCAAGUGGCUUUGUAGUAUUAAUCUGCACACAAUGUAAGAAUAGUAAUUUACUGACCUCUAAGCAUACCUUUUCCUGCCAACCUAGCAGUUUGAAAGCACGAAGUGCAAAUAGAUAAAUAGGUACCGCUCCAGCAGGAAGGUAAACAGCAUUUCCGUGCGCUGCUCUGGUUCGCCAGAAGCGGCUUAGUCAUGCUGACCACAUGACCCGGAAGCUGUAUGCCGGCUCCCUUGGCCAGUAAAGCGAGAUGACCACCACAACCCCAGAGUCAUCCACGACUAGACCUCAUGGUCAGGGGUCCCUUUACCUUUACCUUUAAGCAUACCUUUUACGUUAGAACGUUGGGUUGUGUAGAAGAGAUUAAAAUAAGCUUUGCUAUUCUUGAAUUUUAAAACAGGCAAGAAAGCAUUCUCCUGAGCUUUGUCUUCAAAGAGGUCACACUUACUUUUUUUUUUUAAGAAGAAAAAGAAACAUUUGUUGAGGUGGUUGUCUUGAGUCUUGGAAGGGUCUUAAAUCACCUAAAAGUCUGUCUGUCUGUUUCAUGAAAAACUCAGGAUUACUUUUGGGUUUGGGGUUUUCAUUUGCACCUCUUUAAAACCAUCAUAAGUUACAUGCAAACUCCUUAAAACACACUACCUGUUCCUGUUGCUGCUAACAUCCACGUUCAGAAAAAGCUCAUAAGAUAGUCAAGUGACCUUAUGCAUUCCUUAAGGAAGUAUAUACUUCUCUGAGGUCAUUUGAAAUCUAAUGUACAUGGUUUGGCGUAUUUGUUUCACACCAUCCAAGGCGUUCCUGGUUUAAAAACCUGUCUGGUUUGAAAGCUUGAUGUAGUCUGACUUACCUACAUUUAUUACAUGGCUAAGCAAAAAUGUAUUGUUAACUUCUGAGCUUUUUGAAUACGGUGGGAUAUAGAAUUAUUUAAAUACUUUAAAGCGUUAUAAAGAUUUUUAUUUCCAACUAUUUUCACAAAAUGGUAGAUUAUCAUGUCUACUUGUUGGAGGAAUACAAGGAUUUUUUUAUUGUUGUUGUUGUUUUCAAAUGGCACAGCAUGCCUGUUUGCCCUGUGAUUUUUCCUUUGGGGCCCAUCAUAAAGAAGGAACCAAAUAAAUGUGAAUUUGG